AUGGACCACAAUGCAGGCACCAGAAUCCUGAAUGCUGGGAUCCCAAAUGAAGGACUGCUGUCUCUGCAGCGAGAUUUAUUCUAUUUAAAGACCAUCAAGAUGAACAAGACCAACCAAACAGUAUCUUAUUUUAUAAUCAGAGGAAUUUCAGAACUUCCUGAGCUGAUGCUUCCAGUUUUUCUUCUGGUGUUACUUCUUUAUCUCUCCAUUCUUAGUGGCAACAUGACCAUUCUUCUCCUGGUCUUUGGGGACCAUCGCCUACAUACUCCUAUGUACUUCUUUCUGGCCAACCUAUCCAUCCUGGACAUCUCUUCUACAGCUGUCACUCUGCAUAAGAUCCUAACUGCAUUUGUCACAGGAAACAGAACUGUGUCCUUUGCAGAAUGUAUGGCACAUGCAUACUUCUUCAUGGCCUUGCAGUGUACAAUUUUGCUGAUGUUGGCUGCCAUGAGUUAUGAUCGAUUUUUGGCAAUCUGCAAUCCAUUACAUUAUCACAUGGUCAUGAGCCCUAAACUCUGUGUACUGUUAGCUUUCUUAUGCUGGUUGGCAGGUUUUGUUGAAGUUAUACACCAUAUUUAUUUAUUAUCGCAUUUCACAUGUUAUACCUCCAAUUAUGUUGACCACUUCUUCUGUAGUGUCUUACAACUUAUAAAACUUUCUUGCAGUGAUACGUCACUGCUAAAGCUCUUGAUUGACAUACAAAGCACAUUUAUAUCAGGGCUCCUACCUUUACUUAUGACAGUUAUCCCUUAUAUUUUUAUAAUACUUGCCAUACUCAAAAUCCAUUCCAGUACAGGCAGACAUAAGGCAUUCUACACAUGUUCCUCACACCUCACCGUUGUCAUACUUCUCUAUGUGACCCUUUACUUACCACCAACCUUAAAAGACACCUUGGGUUCUCCUAAACUGUUUUCACUUUUUAAUGCAGUGGCAGUGCCUUUAUUAAACCCUCUCAUUUACAGCCUGAAAAACACUGAAGUGAAGUCAGCUAUGAAGAGGCUGUUUAAACCUCUGCAUGACAGCCUUAACCAAUAUUUCAAUUUUCAGCAAACCCCCAAAAAGUCUGGUCAGUGUGUUAAAAAUGCAUCACAGCAGAUAGAUCUAUCUUUUGACUGA